GUGCCAGGAAUCUGUUACUAAAACAAUAGUAUUUCUCAGCUCGUUCAGUCAAGCAGUAAGAUAUUCCGAUUUGCUUAUAAAAUGAAUACUAAAUUCUGUUUGUUGUUUGUGCUCGUUGUGUGCAUUGCUAGUUAUGCGUCGGCGAAGCCACAAAGAGGCUCUUAUUGUGGAAAAAAUGAGGAAUUCACAGAAUGCGGCACCGCCUGCCCGCCAAAAUGCGAACAAAGGAAUAGUCCAAACUUAUGCACGCUGCAAUGCAUUGUCGGCUGUCAGUGCAAGAGUGGCUAUGUGUUGAACAAUCAAGGAAGAUGUGUCCUGCGAAGGGAUUGUUGAGUGACAAGCAAAUUAAAUAGAAAAUUAAGGAAAUUUUUAUUGUUUGGAGUAAUCGGUCACUGGAUUGUGUUAUGAGUGUAUGAUUUUUAAAUAACUGAAAAUAUUAAAAUAUGUGUAGUAUAUAAAAUAAAAAUUAAAAAAUAAAAUA